CUCAGCACCCAGGAGGUCACCCCUGCAGGACCUGUAGAGGAGGCUGUGUCCUGGUGGCCUUAGGUGGCUGCAUUACUGGAUCGAGAUGACCACAGCCACCCCUCUGGGGGAUACCACCUUCUUCUCACUGAACAUGACCACCAGGGGAGAAGACUUCCUGUAUAAGAGUUCUGGAGCCAUUGUUGCUGCCGUUGUGGUGGUUGUCAUCAUCAUCUUCACAGUGGUUCUGAUCCUGCUGAAGAUGUACAACAGGAAAAUGAGGACGAGGCGGGAACUAGAGCCCAAGGGCCCCAAGCCAACCGCCCCUUCUGCCGUGGGCCCAAACAGCAACGGCAGCCAACACCCUGCAACUGUGACCUUCAGUCCUGCUGACGUCCACGUGGAGACGCGAUGACCCCUACCCUGGCGCUAUCUCCACCACUGUCCAAAGAGCCUCUCCAGAGUCGAGACCCAGAGGCACACUCUCUGACAGCUUCACAAUGAGCUUCUUCUGGUGAGGUCGACAGAGACAUCUUUGACGCAAUCUCUGAUGCUUCCAGCAAUCCUCAACCUUGUCUGCCCUGCCCUACCCCAACUAUGUCCACAUCCCUGCUGCCACCCCACCAAAAAGCUGCAGAACAUUCUUUUGUCAUCUGAUGAGGUAGAGCUAUGUUGGGAAUCCACCAACGUGGGCUUGGCUUUCCCCCACACUGUAGUUAGACAGAUAGACAGAUAGCCCAGGAGCCAGGUGUCAGGGAGCACUGCUGAGAGUAUCACAAUAGGAUCUGUCACAGGGUUCAUAUCAGAUGAAGCACCGUAUCCACAACUUCACAGAGCAAAACAUUCAAUCCCAUAACCAGGCACAGGGAAACUAACUUGGACUAACUAACCAGAAAACCUUGUUAACGUAUAACUUGUUCCAGUACUACGUCUCCGCCUGCUGGCUCAUGACAAUUGCUCAGCACAUUUUCCCCUCUUGAAGAAAGGUUGCAAGAACUAAAUUAUCCUCAAAAGAUUUCUGCUUCAUUAGUAAAGAGUCAGUGACGGAAUAGGGUGACUCUGCAGAAUAGUGGCCUCUAGGGUAUGAGUUUGUUGCGUUGUCCGUGGGCCUGGAACGAUCCUGGUGGCUGAUCAGGGUCCUUCUCCCACUCUGGGCUGUAUCAACCCUGACUGUUUUGGUCCUUGGCUCCCCUUUAUCUGGAUUCUGAGCACCCCUGACUGUCCUGUUAACGCCUUCCCUCCAAGGACCAGUAUUUGGAGAUUAAUUAGAUUACAACUCUAUCUAUGUUACCUUUGUCCUUCCUGGUCACCUUGCGGAUUCAAGACAUGUUCAAAGCAACACAUUCACAACCCAUUUCUAUUCUAUAGAGAGAGACCUCGUCUCUGACUCCUUAGCCUGGAGAACAAUCUACCAAGAAGAGAAAGUAUUUGGAAUUAGGAAGUCCUACCAUCCAAGCCCUACUUUCUGGUUGUGUGGCCUUGGAAAAGUGACUCAACCUCUUUAUAUUCAGUUUCCUAACCAUGAAGUGGAAAUGAUAACACCUGCCUCAC